CACCAACAUAGAAGGGAAAAUGAGGGCGGCGAAUUGUAUUGAUCCGAGUCACCCCUCGCUGGUUUACUUUGAACGGCACCACGUAAAACGUGUCCCUAGUUACUACACACGCUAGGAAUGUUAUAAAACUAAGUUUCACAUUAAUAAUCUUGUCGCAAAAUGGACAAGAGUAUGAUGACGUCGUCAGGGUUACUGGAGUGGGAGCUAUCUCUACCAUCCGAGCAGAUCGUCUCUCACGGAUGGUACCAUGGGGCGUUGAGCAGAGCGGCUGCUGAGGCACUCCUGCAGCAGGACCGGGAGUUCCUCGUGAGGGACUCGUCAUCACAACCAGAUAAUUACGUACUCAGCUGUCGCUCGAACGGUCAACAUCUCCACUUUGUCAUACAGAGGAUCGUCGUUCAUCCCGACACAGUGUUUGAGAGAUAUCAAUAUCAGUUCGAAGAUGAAGCGUACGAUACAGUCGCUGACCUUAUAACGUCUUACGUCGGUUCCGGUAAACCAAUAUCGGCAGCAUCCGGGGCUCGCAUACAAUAUCCGGCGAACCGUUUGGUUCCUUUAACGAAUUACGUAUCGGGCGAUGAUGGCGGGACUGUGACAUCGCCCAACGCUGACGGCAACUAUGGAAAUGCGUACAGUCUGUAUAGUCACUUCGCGGCUAAGCCAGGAGCACAACUGCGCGUACCUUUCAAGAAACAGAGGUCUCACUCGUUGACUCCCAUAGACAUGGCUCAACACGUGACUCACGGUAAGAGUGCCAGUGCCGAUGGUGUAAUACAAAGUCAAACAAAUAAACACGGCAAGAUAUUUCCCAAUGAGUCGUCUUCAGGUUGUAACACGUGGGACGCGAACUUACCGACCAGUCCGCCGGCGAAGCCCGCGCGCUGCGAGCCUGCCAAGACCGACGAGCGCCGCCUGGAGCUGCAUCGACUCUAUCACGUAUCCGGUUCCGAUUCCGGCAAUGGCUCCGGGGACUCCACGCAGAGCUCUGCGCUCGGGGAUUCCAAGAGCAGACAUGAAACUGACUACAAUACUACCAGCACGCCCUCUGUCAAACAACAGUUUGAUUACGAACUUACCGAAGCGAGACUUUUGCAAAUGGAAAACUUGAAUUUUAUCGUUGACUCUAGAAUUAACCUCGAAAACUUUCAGAGUCAGAUCAUUCCACCGUCUCUCACGAAACCAUUGGAAUCUGAAACGCUGCAUACCAUUAAACUGUUAUUACGAACUUCCGGCCCUCGCAUUUUGGCCAACCACCUAACUUAUGUCGAUCUACAUUUUCUUCUGGAUGAAUCGUUACAAAUUGAAGGUCUAGAUAAAAUGGCGUCAGGCUUAGAGUUGUGUUUUUUACCUCAGGGACGAUCUCUAAGACUGGAUAUCAUAGAGAGAGUUGAAACAUUUCGCCUCCUGGUAGCCGUCACUAUACUGACCUGUCAAACAGACAGACAAAGAGCAGAUACUAUCAACGAUUGGAUUCUUUUAGCCAUUGAAACAAAAACGGCCCUAGGAAAUCUAUACGGAUUCUCAGCAAUAAUGUUCGGCUUAUGUAUGCCACAGGUAGAGUGUUUAGAGAAUGCUUGGAAUAUACUGCGGCGUGUGUACACGGACAACGCUUUCAUGUUCGAAGCAAAACUGCGGCCAUCCUUCAAGAGCAUGAACGAGGGAACCAACCCGCUACCACCCAACACGACCACUCCUCACGUCAUACCACCGGUGCUGUGCUUCCAUCUGUUCGACGGUGAGGGCGGCGGCCUGCUGCAGCCGGACGACACCUUCCCCAACAGUCUCAUGAACAGUCUAGAGUUCGACUUCAACGCGACGGCGGCACACCUGGAGGCGGCUCGCAACCUGCCUCAGCAGGCGGAGGCUCUCCGCAGGCGAGCGCGGCCCGUGCUGCAGCCGUCCACCGCGCCCUCGCCGACGCUGCUGGAACUCUUCCGUACUGAGAUGGCAGCAGUGUUUCUAUGGGGCGAGCGAGGCGCGCGCUCUCCCUCUAACCAGCGGUUCGCGCGGCUUACGGACGUGCUCACUGCCAUGGCCGCUAAACUGGCCGCGCGACCCCCGGACGCAGACGACGCCGUUUGAGCUCCCCAAGAGGCUACAUUAACAUGUGUCUUCCUAAGAUAUUACACAAAGUGUGCUAAAACGAUUACUGUUCAUUUGUAUUAUUAACUUUACAUAGCUCUCUCACAUAUGUAGGUACUUAGAAAUCAAAUUAGUUAAAUACUCUCAUAAUUUGUCUGCUUUUGCAAGUUAUGUGUAAACCUUAGUAGAUUUCUUUACGUUGAAUUUGUCGAGGGUUAGGGUUUAUGCUAGACGUGCCCUGACGUCAUGUUAAGCUCGAUAAGUAGGUAUAUAAAGGGACAAGCAAUUAUGAUUUGUAAUUUUUUAUUUUUAUACGUUUUAUAAAACUGACGAAUGGAUCGAUAUUUUUAAGUAGAGUAAAGAACACAAACAUCUCAGACUUUGUUUCAUAUAAAUACAAGUAUCAGAUGUUAAGUGAGUCAAGUACAGGGCUCGGCGAGCAUCGUGUUCGCAAAGCAUCAAUGUUCCUAGAAAUAAACUGUUUCAUUAGUCAUUGUUGAUUGAUUUCCAUCACCUGUCCUCGAUGUGUCCUCGUGAGGGGCCCGUGACGG